AUGCCUACUAAUGACGAAAAAGACAAUGAAGUCGUGAAGAAAACGACUUUAAGUGAUAACGACGACAAAGAUGUCGCUGAAUUGGUAUCAAAGUCGACAACAAUCGAUGAUAAAAAUAAUAGUAUAGUAAACGACAAGAAGAUAAAAGAGGAUAAUAAUAAUAGUCUGUCAAAUGUUGAAGAAGUUAUAAAAUCAGUAGAUAUUAGUACCACUGAUGAUGACAAAGAUGUCAAAGACAUACCGUCGUUGUCGACAAAAACCAUUGAUACCAUUGUUGGCGGCAUUGAAAACAUGUCGUCAAAACCAGUAUCGGAGAAACCAGUGGUCAAGACCACAGAAGACAACAACACGACUAAAACUACAGUCGAUGCCUACAAACCCAUUGUUGUCGAAGAAGAUGUCCAGAAAUUUAGCGAUAAUAAUAACAAUACUAAAACAGAUCCAAAACAAUUGACAACAGAUUCGUUGCCACAACAGUUGCCAACAAUUGACAACAAAAACACAUCCGCAACGACAACAACAACAACUGAUCCAAUAGUUUCGUCUAAAGACAACACGAAAUCAAUUGUUGAUGACUUUAAAGCUGAUGACAACAGUAUAGCAAAAGAUAAGAAGACUUCUGCUACUGAUGUUAGAGAACUAGAAGAAGAAGUAGAAGAAGAGGAAGUGAUCCUAAAGUUUAACGAUAUAUCAGUAUUGCCGCCACAAAAAUCAGAUACCAUUGUUGGCGUCGUCGCCGCCGAUGACGACUAUUCAGCCGAUAGAUCGUUGACAUACAAAGUGAUCAGUAAUGAUGACGACAAUGUAAUUGACGCCAAACGACGAAUUAGUGAAACAAUUACCGAUUAUUUGCCGAAACAAAAAUCAACAGAUGAUUUGUCGACAACAUUAUCGACAAAAAGCAGCGAUAGUUCUUCAUCUUCUUCUUCGGGCAGUACACUGAUUAGUGAAGAUAAUAAAGACAACAAUAAAAAUCAAUUGAAAACAAUGUCCAGCGAUUUGAUGGCUAAAUCAUCAGAUGAUAGCAUAGAUAAGACAACACCAACAACAACAACGACAGAUAUUGAUGUCAAUAUUGGUGUCUUGGCUGACAAUAUCGUAGCUAAAUCUGGUGAUCAAUUGAAGACAACCAUUGAAAUCAUACAAUCAUCGGUCAGUCCAUUGAAAGCUAGUAGUGGUGGUAGUGGUGGUGAAGAUCUGUUGCCAGACAUUAGCAGCGAUAGUACAACAGAUAAGCAGAUGAAAGUCGAUGACAAUGUCAAACAAGAUAUGACUAACGAAAAGAGGUCUUCAAUAGCGUCGACGGCGGCAACAGUUGAUGACAAUAACAAGUUAUUAUCAACGGAUGUGCCAUCAGUUGAGCAAACAAUGUCGUCGACAACAAAAAUAACUGACGAAUUGGACACUAGUUCUUCCAGUUCUUUGUUAAAUAGCAGCAAAAAUAAUGACAUUAUAUUAGACAAGAAUUUAGCGAACAAGUCGUCAGCGAUUGAAUUGUCUGAAGAAGUCAUAGUUUUGGCUAAAGAUGACGAACUAAAGAAGUCGUCGUUGAUAUCGUCAGAAAACAUGAAAAAGACAAAUAAUGAAGAAAAACAAGUGACGACCAAAACUAAGGACACUUUUGACACUAAUUCAGGUGAUGUCAAGUCUACGAUUACUACCAUAACAACAACAACAACUGAUACCAAUGUUUCUGAUAAUACAAUUCAAACAGAGAUGACAACAACAAUGGUUGACGAAAACAAGUCAUCAUUGGAUGUGUCGUCAAAACCAAUACAGACAUCGAUAGUCAUGAGCUCUACCAUCGAUGAAUCGAUGGUCACUGGACUGGACAUCACUACUGCUGAUGAUGACAACAAUAAACUAUCCACUGAUGAUAAUGUAUUGAUAAACAAGAAAUUGUUGGAAACAGUUAGCGAUAAUAGUAAAGACAUUUCAAUUGGCGAUACAAUAGUUGAAGAUUUGUCGUCAAAGUCGAUACCAGUUAGUGAUAAUUAUAUUGGAAAUGACAAGAAAAACGAGAAAAAGGACAAAAAAAAGAAGAAGAAAAGUCUUAUUGCUGAAGAAGAAGAAAAGUCUUAUUGCUGA